AUGAGCAAUGCUUUUAGGGUCUUUACUCUCUUUCCAUCUGCUGGCUUUGACGAUCCACUUGACGGUUUUAUUCGAACAGGGGCAUGGUCCAGCUCUCUAUAUAUAGCGAUUUCGUAUGUCUGGGGAAAUCCAACAGCAUAUGCACACAUCCACAUCGGAGACAGGACGUUACCAGUCACAAGGAAUCUCGAGGCGGUUUUACGCAACCUGCGAAAGAUAUCCGAGCCAAUAGAGCUUUGGGUUGACGCCAUAUGUAUCAAUCAAAGCAAUGUGCCGGAAAGAAAUGCCCAGGUACAAGACAUGGCCAAUAUCUACAAGGCAGCAGAAGAGGUGAUAGGCUGGAUUGGUGAGCUAAACCCUGAGGCACCAAUUGGUUUCCGCAUAUUUCGCGAGAUCACUGCUAGACAUCGCAAUGAAGGCUUCGACGACUUUCUUGACGCAUAUAUUCGUGACGUGUCGAAUGACCCUUCCUGGGAAGCCCUGCUGGAAUUGCUAGAUCGACCGUACUGGACUAGACUCUGGAUACUUCAAGAGGUCUCUGUGAAUCUUCAAGUUUCUUUACGCUUCGGCAGUGACCCGGAGAACAUGAUCAAGGUGCAGGAUCUGUUCGAGUGGGACACCAUCCGAUUUGAGAUUGUGGCUAAGUGGCGAACACACCGUAGAAGUCAUACCGAGGAAUCCUUUAUCCAACGAUUUGAUUCUGUAUUGAACAAUGUCUAUAACGCAGCUUUUGUUCCAAGCCUAUAUCCUCUCACGUUGGAAGAAUUCCAACCCUUCCUCCUCUCUUUGCUCUGCGGCGGACCAUUGUGCUCGUGUCCGCAAGAUUUUAUUUUUGGAGUUGUUGGAUUGUUCAGCCGUUCGCCUGUCACUGUUGAUUAUGGUAUCAGUCCUCGUGAACUCUUCCUUGCGGUGCUAAAAAGCUACCAAAACCACACGCAAAAGUUAGAUUUCCUGUCUUGGGCAUGGAUCAAUCAAUCAAGCCCAAAUUCUACUUACACAAACACAUACGACCUCCCAACGUGGGCGGUUGAUUGGGCAUGGAGAGAGCGUUUCGUCAGUCCCAUUCCACUCGCCAAUUCAAAAGAAGAUCAAAGGAUACUCUGGGAUACAAUCUAUGCCGCCUCUGGAGCGUCAAAAUACCGUGCGACAAAUACUACUGAUCCAGAUAUACUGAAUUUGAGGGGCUGUAGAGUAGCGACAAUUGAAAUUCUGGGCACUUUGGCUGAGUCCUCUGUGUCAACUUUGUGGCCAAAAGAUUGGAGCUCGAUUGCUCAUUUUGGUAAUUACGAACCACCGCUCAAGAACGCAUCCCGACGGGCAAAUCAGCCGGAACUCAAAAUCUGGCAUGCAUCUCAAUCAUCUGAAAAGCGGCUUUCGCUGUCGUAUGAACAGUUGGACGUAUGGUGGAGGGUCAUCUUAGGUGAUACGAUUUCGCGCGACCGACGAAUAGAUCCACCAAUGGAUGGACAGCAGCCUAUCCCACCAACGAGUCUGAAGGAACUUGAAGGUCUUUGCAAACACUUGAUCGAUUUUACUCAGAUUCGGGUUCACGACGGACGACGGAUGUUCCGGACCAAAGAUGGAAAUUUGGGGCUUGCACCACCUCAAGGCAAACCUGGUGAUCAAAUUUGGAUCUUGCUUGGAGGGGAUGUACCUUUUGUUCUUCGACCUUCAGCCGACAACACUGGGGAGUAUCAAUUUGUUGGGGAAUGCUAUUUGCAUGAAAUGAUGGAUGGCCAAGCAUUCGACAGACCUGGAGUGCAACUAGAAGACAUUCGAAUUCAGUCAAGCCUCGAUAACAAUGGUGAUUAA